GUCCACCUCCAACUGAACUUUCUUUUCUUCCCUCUCCAUGUUCCAGGCCUCAAUUAGCCGACUCUCGUGGUUUUCUGUCCUUUUCUUCAUUCUCCCCUUCUCACUUUAAUCUUCUUCCACGAGGACAUCCCGCUCAACGUCCUUUGGCCUUGAGCACCGCUACCCGCGUACAUCUUCUCUUCGUACAAGAGCACACCCAGAGCAGUACACACAUCAGCAACCAUGCCAUCCUCAGCACCUGUCCUACGGCCCAAGAAGGCUCAACCCAUCAAUGCCCAUAAGGAGGAAGAGCCGAUUAGCUACGACAUCAACAUCCCUUACGUUGAUGUCACUAAAGAGUCCAAUUCCCGCACCAGAUACCCCGAGUACCUUCCCACAUGGGACAAGGUGUGGUUCGAUCCUCUUCCCCCCUUUGAAUAUCAAGACCCUGCGCUGCGCGUCACGGAUAAGUCCAAGCGCAAUCUCUUGUCUCCCGGCACUAAGGUGACGGAGAUCCAGCCGCGCAUCGGUAGCAUCGUGGAGGGCGUUCAGCUCAACCAGCUAUCUGAUGCUGCCAAGGAUGAGCUUGCUCUACUCGUCGCUGAGCGCAAGGUGGUUGCUUUCCCGAACCAGGAUCUGAUCGAUGACGGCCCUGCGGCGCAAGAAGCUUUCAUGCGCCACUUUGGCAAGCCCAACUACCAGCCCGUCUCUGGUUCGAUGCGGGGACAUCCCGGCUUCCAUAUCAUCCAUCGCGACGGUAACCGCGAGGAAAUCACGCGUUUCUUGGAGCAGCGCACCACCACGACGCUCUGGCACCAGGAUGUCAGCUAUGAGAUCCAGCCGCCGGGUUAUGUGAUGCUCGGCUUGCUGGAGGGGCCUGAAGUGGGUGGCGAUACUGUUUUCUCCGCGACCGACAUGGCAUACAAGCGUCUCUCCCCAACUCUCACCUCCUGGCUGGACACUCUGCGCGCCGUUCACUCGUCGGCAAAGAUGAUCAACCAUGCGCGUCUGACUGGCAGCCUGGUGCGCAAAGAGGCCGUCGACACCGUCCACCCGCUGGUGCGCGUCCACCCGGUCACGGGCGAGAAAUGCCUGUUCGUCAACGGCGAGUUCAUCACCAAGAUCCCCGGUCUGAAGGAGCCCGAGCAGCGUUGGUUGCUGGAUUUCCUCAUGCAACACAUCAUCACUGGGCACGACUUUCAGGCCCGAGUGAGGUGGCAGCCUAGAACAAUUGUGAUUUUCGACAAUCGCUGCACAACCCAUUCUGCCAUUGUCGAUUAUCUAGACGACGAUAACGGCGCCAAACUCCGUCAUAUCUUCCGUCUGUGCGCAUUGGGCGAAAAGCCCAUCCCCGUAUACGACCAAUUCGAGUAAAUCCCGACGGCCUCCGUCAGCCUUCCAGGGAGCUCCUAUCCUUGUCCACAACGCACGUUAGCUUUCACCAAGAUCAAGGUUACUGGGCGCCACCAGGAUGCCUUACCAGCAAUUAUUUCCAUGCAAGAGCCCCGGAAGAUGU